CCAGCGAGCCGUUACCACCUCCUGUGCAGGCAGCGCGGAUCGCCCGGCCUGGAAACGCGACUAUGGACCGCAAACAUCAAGGCAUCGCCUCCAACUGGAGCUCCAUGGGCAUCGGCGUCCACAGCCCCCUGGAUUCCCUGGUGCUGUCGGUGUACCUCCUGUUGGUCGUGGGCGUCGGGCUGAAGGCUGUAGUGUCAAGCAAUCGUGGAACAGUAGAAGACUUCUUCCUGGCUGGCCGGAAACUCACCUGGUGGCCGAUAGGAAUUUCUCUUUUUGCCACAAAUAUUGGCAUUGGCCACCUUAUGGGCCUGGCUGGGAUCGGAGCGUCUUCUGGGAUUGCUGCUGGGGCCUUUGAGUGGAAUGGUAUAUUUAUGCUCUUUGUUCUUGGUUGGAUAUUUAUACAUAUUUAUAUUAAGGCUGGGGUGGUGACAUUGCCAGAAUAUUUAAGGAAGAGGUUCGGCGGCUUCCGGAUCCAGCUCCUUCUCUGCAUUCUGUAUUUAUUCCUCUAUAUCUUCAAUAGGAUCUUGUUGGAGAUCUGCUCUGGCGCCAUAUUCCUGAGGAUGGUCUGGGGGAUGGAUGUUUACCUGUCCACCAUGGUCUUGCUGACAAUUGCUGGCAUGUAUACCAUCACAGGUGGUUUGGGAGCUGUAGUUUAUACCGAUAUCUUACACGCUGGCAGUAUGAUCUUGGGAUUAGUCUUGUUAAUGGGUUAUGCCUUUAGCGAAGUGGAAGGAUACGAGGGGCUGCUGAAGAAGUUCUUCCACGCCAUACCAAGUGUGGUCAGUGAUGGAAACUGGACCGCAGACCCACAGUGCUACAUCCCUCGCCCAGACUCUUUCCAUAUCUUCCGAGACGCCAUCAGUGGAGACUUCCCCUGGCCUGGAAUGGUCUUCGGCAUCUCGAUCCUCUCCUUGUACUACUGGUGUGCUGAUCAGGUUUUUGUGCAGCGGUGCCUGGCAGCGAAGAACACAUCCCACGUGAAGGGCAGCUGCAUCCUGUGUGGGUACCUGAAGCUGCUGCCCAUGUUCACUAUAGUGAUGCCAGGGAUGAUCAGCCGCAUCAUGAGCCCAGAUAGAGUGGCCUGUGUUGUACCUUCGGAAUGUUACAAGUACUGUGGCUCCACCGUGGGCUGCAACCCCAGCGCGUAUCCAGAGCUGGUGGUGGAGCUGCUACCCAGCGGCAUACGAGGCUUGAUGCUGUGCGCGCUGUGCGCCUCCCUCAUGUCCUCCCUGACUUCUGUUUUCAACAGUUGCAGCGCCCUGUUCACACUGAACAUCUACCACCGGCUCCGGCCUGUGGCCACGGAAAAGGAGCUCAUGGUCACGGGAAGGUUUUUUAUUAUAAUCUUACUGGCUGUCACCAUUGCCUGGAUCCCUAUUAUGAAAACGGCUCAGAGUGAACAACUGUUCAUAUACAUGCAGGCUGUCAGGAGUUACAUGACGCCCCCCAUUGCUGCCCUCUUCCUGCUUGCCAUGUUUUGCAAGAGAGUCAAUGAGCAGGGUGCCUUCUGGGGGCUGAUUCUUGGGUCCUUGAUUGGCAUCGUUCGAAUGGCAGCUGACCUGGCCUACGGCUCCUUGAGCUGCACGAAGAGGAGCAGGUGCCUCACAUUCAUCUGCGAACUGCACUACCUCUAUUUCAGCGUGCUCCUCUUCGUGGUCACUCUGCUCAUCAUGGUGGGCGUCUCCUUAGCCACCGACCCGAUCUCGGAUGAAUACCUCUACAGGCUCUGCUGGAGUCUGCGCAACAGCACAGAGGAGAGGACCGACCUGGACGCAGAGGUACGCAAGAUCAGGUUCCCUGGGCACCGAGAGCGGCCAGGUGUAUAUGAGCAGGACAGGAACUGCUUCUGGAAUAUCUGGGAACUGUUCUGUGGCCUAGACUCAUACCCAGGCCCCAAACUGGUCCCAGAAAAGACAGCAGAGGAGACGGAGGAAGCCAGUGAGAAGGUACAGGUGACUGAGGGCAAGACGGAGGCCCCCGAGGAGGAGCUGGAAGGGAAAGCACAUGGGCCCGUGUCCAGGAAGCGCUUCUGGAGGAACUUCGUGAAUGCCAACGCGGUCAUCUUGUUCAUAAUCGUGGUCAUUACCCACAUCUGCUUUGCCUGAAGCAGCUCAGACGAGGGCCACCGGGAAGGGCAAAGAAUGACACCUUUUCCAGACUCCUCCAGCGUGAAGGGGGAUGAAGCGUUUCCUGCUGGGAGCCCCAGGGGUACAGGGCCAAGGAUUAGACUAAUGAAGACGCUCUCCCUCAGUGUCCCACAUGGAGGGCCACCAGCUGGAGGGCGUGCGCGCUGUGCCCCAGGUCAGAGCGAAGUCCAUCCGAGAUUACAGAGACUAUGCAAAUGAGAACAUCUGUUCCUUUGCAAGUGAGUCAUCCUCUCCAAAUGGCUCUACUGCAUAAACACUGACUUUCACUUUAAAUUUAAUUUUGGCUUUUUAUCCUAGAUAUAUUUGGGAUUGGGGCUUGUGUUUACUUCACUGUCACCAGUUCCUUUCCUGUACCCAGC